AUGUCGGUCGAACUGACGCCGCCCGAGCUGGGCUUCAAGAGACCCUUCACCACGGAGGUCUCGCAGAGCCUGCGCCUGCGCAAUCCCAACAGUGACCCUGUCGCAUUCAAGGUCAAAACCACUGCUCCGAAACAGUACUGUGUCCGCCCCAACUCCGGUCGGAUUGAGGCUGGCAAGGAGGUUGAGGUUCAGGUUCUGCUCCAAGCCAUGAAGGAGGACCCGCCUCCAGAUGCCCGCUGCCGUGACAAGUUCCUUGUCCAGUCCGUCGCCGUGACCGCCGACAUGGAGUUCAGCAACGUUGGCACCAUCUGGAACCACAUUGAGCAGACGGCCAAGCACACGAUCCAGGAGAGGAAGAUCCGUGUCAUCUUCCUGCCUGCCGACGGAGCCCCGUCGGUCAACGGUACGACGUCCAACGACGUCUCGUCGCAGCGCUCUCCUUCUCCCGAGGCCGUGACCCCCCAGCGCACUACCGCCGGCUCCGUUUCCCGCCCGGAGUCUCGCCCGUCUUCGGCCAAGCACACGGGCGAAGCUGCCGGCUCCGCGUUCAACCCCGCCAACUCGACGGUGAUCGGCAACGCUGUCUCGAGCGUGACUAGCGCGAUCCCCACGUCCACGGAAGAACUCAAGGCCCAGCUCCAGGAGGCACGGGCGACGAUCGCGAGGCUGGAGCAGCAGGCGUCUUCGGGACUCAGGCAGCGCAAGGGUGAUGGCGUCGGUAGCAAGGACGAGAAGGCGGCAUCGAACUUGUCGGUCCAGCAGGCGCCGGCAGGAGGCGUGCCGGUGCAGGUGGUGGCGGGAUUGUGCUUGUUCAGCUUCCUGCUGGCCUACUUCUUCUUCUAA